AUGGAGGAAUUCAAGGACAAACCUUCUCAAGUUAACAGAUUCCUGUUGGGUGGAAUGGACGAUCUUAACAUUGUUGAAUGGAAAAAGAAAAGAAAAUUACCGGGUGAUCAGUUGGAUUUGCUUAGACCAAAACAUAAAUGCUGGGUUGGAAGUUACUCCCCUGGACAUGCUUCAAUGUUUGAUGAAACUCCAGUUUUAGAGGGCAUUCACAACCACACUGGUGAAAGGUCCGAACCUGAAUCUGCCAAAGACAGCAAUAGUUUUAUGGAAGACUGUGAUACUGCCAUGUCUGUAAAUGAAGAAGCCAAACAUGAGACAGAUUGUGAAAAUUCAUACUUAUGUGUAAAUAGGGUAAGCUAUAUCGAGGAGGAGGCAUUUGUUGAUAGUGAGUGCAUUCCACCUUAUGAUGAUACUGAUGCGCAAGCUUUGAACAAUGAUGAGGAACACCAUAUGAGGAUAGGAGGCUUUUCAGGUCAUGAAUGCUCUGAACAUGUUAAAGACAGCAAUGAGUACACACUAGAUAAGGAAUUGGAAGAUUUUCUUUUCUCCAGUGGGGUGGAUCCUAAUGUAUACGUCCUUUCAUCCGGAAGAUGGAAUGUAAAUCAAGAAGCUCAAUCAAGCUCAAGACCACCAACAAUUGAUCAAGAGUUUGAGGAGUACUUUUCUAUGCUUAUGCUCUAG